AUGUCGAUUAAUUUCUCUAGUGGAGAUGUAAAAUCUCAUUUGUUGCAAAUAAGUUACAAUGAUAUUGCAACAAAAUUAAUUCAAGACAAAUUUCUUUUAACUGCUUUAGAAUUCCAUACAGAAUUGGUAGAAUCUGGGAGGGAACUUAAAUUGUUAAAAGAUUUUUUUUCAAAUCCAGGAAAUUUUGAACUACAAACCCAAGAAAUACCCAGCCGAAUAUCAAGAUCUGGUAGUCAAGCGACUCUUGAUAGUUUGGAUUUAACAAGGUUCUCUGAAUUUGGUGAUGGUUCUGAUGAAAGAGUUGCUGUUUUGGAAUUUGAAUUACGUAAAGCUAAAGAAACAAUUAAUGCUCUCAGAAAUAAUUUAACAGUUGCUACAGUCAACUUUAUAGAAUCUGAAACAAGUAAUUUAAAUGAAGGAUCCAUACGGAACAUAACAAAAAGUGCAAUUAAACCUCAUGAGCAAAGGGCAUUAAAUUUUUUAAUAAAUGAGUAUUUAUUAAUUCACGGUUAUAAAUUAACAUCAAUUACAUUUGCAGAUGAAAAUGAAAAUCAGGAUUUUGAUGAUUGGGACGAUGUAGGUUUAAAUAUUGCUAAACCACCAGAAUUAUACAAUUUAUACAGGGAAGGACUAAAGCAAUCUGGUCAAAAUUGUGUUUCUACUCAAUGCCAAACUGAUUAUCAAUCAUAUCAGGAGACAAUAGAUAAAUCUAAUAAAUUGGAAGAUGAAUUAUUAAACAUCAAAUCAAAACUAAAAGACAUAGAAAAUGAAUGUUCUAAUUUAAACUGUCUUAAUUUAAAUUUACAAAAAGAAAAUGACUUAUUAUCAUCCUCAUUAAACAAUGAAGACCUAUCAGAGCUAGCAAAAAAACUACCCAGUAACAAAGGAUCAUUGGGAAGUGAUUCGCCUGAACGAUUUGAAAUAAUUGACAAAAAAAGUGAAAGUAUAAUUAUUAUGGAGGAUAAUGUAUCUAACAAUAGUUUUAACAUAAACGAAUGGACAAAUCUUUGUAUAACAGAAAAUAAAGAGGGUGACUUUCAAAAGGAAUCUAAAGGAGUAACAAAAGACUCGUUUGGAUAUUUAAAAAACAUAAAUAAAAUAAGUUGGGACCAUAGUUAUAAUUUUAGCAAGGAACCAUUUUUAACGGAGGUUUUUAAUUUAUGUUAUGUUAAAUUGCCAAAAAAAGUAGAUGAUGAUACUUUGGAGAACAUUUUGAACGAAACAAUAACAACUGACACAUUGGUACAUACUUUGUCAGAUUCUUUAUUAAAAAUAGUACCAAACAUUAUUUUGAACAAAAGAGAAGAAGUCAUUCCAUUAUUAAUUAAAACAAUUCAUUUACAUCCCAAAGCUUCAGAAAGGGAUAAGUUACUUCAGCAGUUGUUUAAUUUGAAGAAAAAACCUGGAGUUUUGGAAAGGCAAAUAAUAUUAGCAGGCUUGGUUGCAAUUGCAAAAUGUUCUGGACAAAGUUUAGUGGAAAACGAGAUUCUACCGCAAUGUUGGCUUCAGUUAACACAUAAACAUUGUGAAAGAAGAAUACUUGUAGCUGAAGCUUGUACAGCUCUAAUUCCUUUUGUUUCUAGUCCAAUUAGAAAUUCCCUAAUACUCUCAAUGCUCCAACAAAUGCUUGAGGACAAAGAAGAAGCUGUCAGAGAAACUGUGUUAAAAGCAUUAUCCUUACUUUUUAGCAUUUGUGAGGACACUGACAAGUACUCUCAAUGUGAACAAUUGGCGUUGGGUACUUUGAAUGAUAGCAGCUCUAUUAUAGUCAAUUUAAGUACCCAGCUACUAUUUCCAGUUUUGGGAAAAUGGGCAUUUAAAGAAGGUUAUUUAAGUUCGAGCCUUUUAAAACAGUUGUUACAUAAAUUUAAUAUAUAUUUAAAAGGUACAGAUUCUCCUAGUAAAAUCAGCCAGGCAUCUGAUAAAAUUCUACGAAUAUUAAAUGUUUUGGAAAAUUUGCUUCCAUUUUUACUUAUGUCUAUUGCUUUAAAGAAGCACAUAUUAUCAAACAUUGAAAAAGGCAUUGCUAUAGAAAUUAGAUCUGAUUUUCUAAAGUUAUGUAGUCAUUUAACAAAUCCGGAAAACUUUUACAAAUCCGAGAUUAAUAGUGGUAUGGUAAUAUUUGAAUUUGAUAAGUAUAUAGCAAACCACCCCAGGGAGAAUUGGAAUGAAUUAAACUGGAUAUUAGAUAUAAUGUUGCCAGAUCUUAUAAAUAACCUUAACCACAUAGAUACUAGUCAACAGGCCCUUCUUCAUAGUUUUAUGAAUCUUUUCUCUCAUAUUUGUAUAAUUUUCGGCAAAAACUUUACUAAAUACAAAAUCCGUCCCUUAUUAGAAUCCCAAAUCGAAAAUUUGGAACAAAUUAUUUCUAGCUUUAAUCAGUUUUGUCCCAGUUUAAAUAUUAUUCCCGUUUAUUUAGUAUCAGUAUUAAGUUAUUGUGAUGAUUAUGAAGGAUUGACGAAUACUCUUAAAAAGUUCACGUGCGCUUUGCCAUUGUGCGGUGCGCCAUUGGAUUGUUUGGAGUUGACAGUCAGAAGACUAUGCGAGGCCGAUCUACAAGAAUUGGUGGUGAACAGUUUGUGGGAGGCUGUUGUACACCAAAGACCACUGGUUCGGUCUGCAGCUGCAACUCUGUUCUCUGACAUUAUUAGCAUGUGUGAUCAACCAUUGCUAAGCCAAAAAGUAACUCCGGCUCUUGUGACACUUGCAAAUGAUAAUGACGUUUUGGUUAAAACAGCUUCAAUUUCGGCUCUGGGCAAUUUAAUAACCGACUGCGCCGUAACGGAAAUUCACGAUAAAGCUUAUAUGCAAUUGCAAGCUUUUAUGACGGAUGCAACUCUAAAGGAAACCCAUACACUUCUUAGACAGCUAAUAGUUGUUUUAGGCAAUAUAGUUAAUAGUUGUACAGCAAAAUUCAAAAAUGAAGUUAUUAUUCCACAACUUGUUGGAUUUUCUCAAUUCACAAUGCAAAUGACAAACCAAACUAGAAAAGUUGAUAUGGUAUUAGCUUUGGUAGAAGCUUUUACAAAUAUUGUUUAUAAUCCAUUAAACAAGGAAAAUAUAGAUUCCACAGUCGUGCCAGCCUUAAAAUGUCUUGAGAGUAUUGUUAUUGAAAACCAAUCUCUUAUGUCACAUCGUGAAACAAUUUUACUUAUGAUCAAAGAAUGUGACAAUAAAGAAAAUAAACCAGAAGCUUUUACAUCAGUUCAGAGCCCAGUAGAAUUAGGCACAAAGCUAAGUCAAAAUGUUAAUCAGGGAGUAGAAGAAAUGCGACAAAGAGUCAGCAAAAUUUUUAACAAACCAUCUAUUUCUAAGCCAAAUAAUUUAUCCAAUUUACAAGGUAUCUUUAAGAAAAAAUAA